GAGCGGAGGAUGGCGAUGAGGAGAAACCUGCGAGUCACGAGCCUAAGCUGCCAGAUUUCCCUUUCCAUCCCUCUUCCCCGUUUUCUCCCACGCUGGAAGACAUCGAGGAGUUCUUGAGGGAAAAGAUGGAACUUGUCAAAGAGGGUCUUUUUGUCCAAAAAGACGAGGGUCUUCUUCUUAUUCCAAAAGAAGAAGCGUCCCCUCUGCCAUGCAGUGACUCUCCAUCCUCCACUUUGACCCCCGAAGCCUCCUCAGACACUUGCCGUGAUCAAGGGAAGGUUGCUUCUCAUUGCACUUCAAGUUUCCUUAAAAAGGAGGAAAUCAGCGCAGAAGACCACUCCCCUUCUGCUCAACGUAACCCCUCACCUUCCUCCCAAAUGCUCCUUGGUGCUCCGUUGGUUCUGCAGCUACAGCCCCUAUCUCCAACCCCCGCCGGCUCUCCUCCAGGGGCCCAAAGUGGCAUCUGGCUCACUCAUCUGGUCAUGGGCCUCCAGGGUGCAAGAGGACAAAAUGUCACCCUGCUGAACCCCACCACCACCUUGUUGUCUCUAAACAGCGGAGACAACAAGUCAGCUGACCAGAAGUACGUGAGGAUCGCCCCCCUGCCCUUCACUAUGAGGACUCUAGAGAUCAAGGGCCUGACGGGGGUCGGGGGUCAGGGGACUGAGCUGUUGAAGGCCAUGACCCCCCGGGUGAGCAGACUGCCGCCCACAGAGAGGGUCCACAAGUGCUCCCACCCAGGCUGCGGGAAGAUGUACACCAAGAGCAGCCAUCUGAAGGCUCACUUCCGCCGGCAUACGGGAGAGAAGCCGUACACGUGCAGCUGGCCCGACUGCGGCUGGAGGUACGUAGCAUGAUGAAAUAAUAAUAAUAACAAUAAACUUUAUUGGUGUAAGAUAAGAUAAGACUGUAUUUAUCCUGAAGGAAAUUGUUUGUGCCAGAGUUACAAAAAUACAGUAUACACAGCGUAAUAAAGCUGUA